UCUCAGCACACUCAAAGCAGCUCAGCAUUAGGAACCUUAAAUUAUAGUGCACAUCUGGCUGUGAGACGAGCCUCGGACACCCUUUACACAUCUAUAACAACUUGCAUUGACUCUCUAUUUGGCAACAGAGCAGAAGCACAAGUGAGGGUUGAAGCACCCCUCACACAGAGUGAAUGCUAGUGAGGAAGGACAAUCAUACACAGUCAAAGAGACACAACAUGAUGGAGCUGAAAAUCCAGCUGAUACCCACAGGAGAAAUCAUACUGUCUCCAGGGAAUAAUGGAGAGUUUUACUGCCAAAGCUGCACUAAGGCUGUGGGCAGUGACGGAAUCCGAGUCAUGAUGGAGAGCGCCCUGACAGCCAGGGACCGGGUGGGCGUGCAGGACUUUGUCCUGCUGGAGAACCACACCAGCGAGGUGGCAUUCAUCGAGAACCUCCGCAAACGCUUCAAGGAGAACCUCAUUUAUACGUACAUUGGCUCUGUGCUGGUGUCAAUGAACCCCUACAAAGAGCUGGAGAUCUACACUAAACAGCACAUGGAGCGAUACAGGGGCGUCAAUUUCUAUGAAGUCUCACCUCACAUUUAUGCCGUGGCUGAUAAUGCGUAUCGCUCCAUGCGGACUGAGAGACGGGACCAGUGCAUCCUCAUCUCAGGUGAGAGUGGUGCUGGCAAGACCGAAGCCUCCAAAAAGGUUCUACAGUACUACGCCGUCACCUGCCCAGCCAGUGAGCAUGUGCAGACUGUCAAAGAUCGCCUUCUACAGUCCAACCCUGUGCUGGAGGCAUUUGGAAAUGCGAAAACUUUACGAAAUGACAAUUCCAGUCGCUUUGGGAAAUACAUGGACAUUCAGUUCGACUUCAAGGGUGCUCCGGUAGGAGGUCACAUCAUUAACUACCUGUUGGAGAAAUCACGUGUCGUGCACCAGAGCCACGGCGAGAGGAACUUUCACAUCUUUUAUCAGCUUAUCGAGGGAGGAGAGGAUGAUCUGCUGAGGAGGCUGGGCCUGGAGAAGAAUGCCCAACAGUACCAGUAUCUGGUGAAGGGUAACUGUCCCAAAGUGAGCUCCAUAAAUGACCGCAAUGACUGGAAGAUAAUGAGGAAAGCCCUGAGCAUCAUUGGCUUCACUGAUGAUGAAGUAGAGGAGCUUUUGAACAUUAUUGCCAGUGUACUACACUUGGGGAAUGUUCAGUACGGAGGAGAGGACAGCGGCAGUGCCUACAUCACUACGGAGACACAGAUUAAAUACUUAGCCAGGUUGUUAGGGGUGGACGGCACUGUUCUUAAGGAGGCUCUAACACAUAAAAAGAUCAUUGCCAAAGGAGAAGAACUGAUGAGUCCUUUAAAUCAAGAGCAGGCUGCUUCAGCACGGGAUGCCUUAUCUAAAGCCAUAUACGGUCGUACUUUUACUUGGCUGGUCAACAAAAUUAAUGACUCUCUGGCCUUCAAGGAUGAUUCAUUCAACAGUAAGAACGCCUCUGUCAUUGGUCUACUGGACAUCUAUGGUUUUGAGGUCUUUCAGAACAACAGUUUUGAGCAGUUUUGUAUCAACUAUUGUAACGAGAAGCUGCAGCAGCUCUUCAUUGAACUGACUCUGAAGUCGGAGCAGGAGGAAUAUGAAGCUGAGGGAAUUACGUGGGAGCCUGUGCAAUAUUUUAACAACAAGAUCAUUUGUGAUCUAGUGGAGGAAAAGUUUAAAGGAAUCAUUUCCAUCUUGGAUGAAGAGUGUCUCCGGCCUGGAGAUGCCAGUGACAUCACCUUCCUGGAGAAGCUUGAGGACACUGUCGGUGGCCAUGCACACUUCCUAACUCACAAGCUGGCUGAUGGAAAAACCCGUAAAGUGAUGGGUCGUGAGGAGUUCAGACUGAUCCACUACGCAGGAGAAGUCAACUACAAUGUGAACGGCUUCCUGGACAAGAACAAUGAUCUCCUUUUCAGAAACCUGAAGGAGGUGAGGGCACAGGCCCAGAAAAAAAAUUUACCCGUCUGUUUUUCUUGUUCUCUCGUUCCGUUGGCUCGCUGGGACCAGACAGCAACCCAGUUCAAGAACAGUCUGGCAAAGCUGAUGGAAAUCCUGAUGUCUAAGGAACCGUCUUACGUGCGCUGCAUCAAGCCUAAUGAUGCCAAGCAAGCAGGGCGUUUUGAUGAAGUCCUCAUCAGGCACCAAGUAAAAUAUCUUGGUCUGAUGGAAAACCUUCGGGUGAGGAGAGCUGGCUUUGCAUAUCGCCGUCGCUACGAGACCUUCCUGCAGAGGUAUAAAUCCCUGUGUCCAGACACCUGGCCAAACUGGGAUGGCCGUCUGGUCGAUGGAGUGUCCACACUCGUCAAGUACCUCGGCUACAAACCUGAGGAGUACAAACUCGGCCGAACCAAAAUCUUCAUCCGCUUCCCCAAAACCUUGUUUGCAACCGAAGAUGCACUAGAAGUCAGAAAACACAGCCUUGCUACCAAACUGCAGUCAUCCUGGAAAGGUUACAGUCAAAAAACCAAAUACCGUAAAAUGCGACAAUCAGCUGUCAAGAUCCAAGCCUGGUGGAGAGGUAUUCUGGCCCGCAGAGAAGCAAAGCGUAGGAGAGAGGCUGCCAACACCAUCCGCAGGUUCGUCAAAGGCUUCAUCUACCGCCACCAGCCACGUUGCCCAGAGAAUGAAUACUUCCUGGAUUACGUUCGCUACUCAUUCCUAAUGAAGUUGCACAGGAGCCUGCCCAAAACUGUCUUGGAUAAGAGCUGGCCAACGCCACCUCCCGCCCUCAUUGAGGCUUCAGAGCAGCUCCGCAAACUCUGCAUGCAGAACAUGGUGUGGAAGUACUGCAAGAAUAUCAACUCGGAAUGGAAACACCAGUUGGAGCAGAAGAUGGUUGCAAGUGAAAUCUUUAAGGACAAGAAGGACAACUACCCACAAAGCGUCCCAAAACUUUUUGUGGGCACAAGGCUCAGUGGCGAGGACAUCAACCCUAAAUUGCAACAGGCUGUGGGGAAUGAGAAGAUGAAGUAUGCUGUUCCAGUGACUAAAUAUGAUAGAAAAGGAUACAAAGCACGCAACCGACAACUCAUGCUCAUGGCAGACAGUGCCAUCAUUGUGGAGGAGGCCAAGCUCAAACAGCGUAUCGACUACAGCUCACUGAAAGGGAUUUCUGUCAGCUCUCUGAGUGAUGGCAUGUUUGUUCUCCAUGUUGCUUGUGAAGACAAUAAGCAGAAAGGUGACGUGGUGCUUCAGAGUGAGCAUGUCAUUGAGACGUUAACCAAAGUGGCCAUCUGCGCCGACAAGAUGAACAGCAUUAACAUUAACCAAGGAAGUAUAAAGUUCAAUGUGGCACAAGGAAAAGAAGGGAUCAUAGAUUUUACAUCUGGCUCAGAGUUGCUGAUAGCCAAGGCUAAGAAUGGACACCUUUCUGUGACUGCCCCUCGCCUCAACUCAAGAUGAUGGACGAGUCAUGAUCAAGUACUUCCUGCAUUCUCACAGGAUCUUCCAGAUAUGCUCCUUAUUUCAUCAAUCACAUGACUAAAGGCGGAGCUUCUCUCUGCCAAUCAGACGCCAGCCAGCUGCACCAAAAGGCUCUGCUUUAAGUUGUGAAAAUCCAGCAAACUUAUUUAUGUUUUGGGGGAUUAAUACUGUUAUAUGCAUAUUAUGAUUUUAUGUCAAAGCCAAGAAAUAACAAUAUAUAUGUGCAUUUUCCUGCACUCUUGUCUUUAUCUAGCUUAUUUGGGAAAUUUUGAUUUGUUAGAGAAGGUGACCUCAGCCAUGCUAAUGAGGUAAAUCAGGGUUCAUAAUGAGUAGUUAUUAGCUUCGGUUCUAUGUUCACCCGUGGUUUACUUUUACUUUUCCAUGGAUUCUGCAAUCCAAACCUACUCAGAACCAAUACACUUUUGCAUUCAUAGGAAAGAUAUUAAUUACUUUUUGCAUAGAGAAGAUGACUUUGAGAUGUUCACUUGAACGGUUAAACCUGUUCUACAAACUAUUUGUGCAACAUAAUUUUGCUCACAAGUUAUUAAUAUUAGCUGACGUGUUAAAAAGGAGGACAAACUUUUACAGAGCGUACGCCAAGUGCAUUGAGGGUGCGUGCCAUGUAUGAAAAGCUACCAAAAGAAAUCUUAAUGUUGAUGGAAAGAAUCUGCAAGCUAUGUCUGGUGAUAGCAACUAUGCUUGAAAACCAGCCCCGUUUUUUAUAUCAUGAUUCAUUCAUUAUUCUUUACCCACUUUAAGGGCUCAAUCUGAGUUUGGAGAUCAGUAAAUAUUUAUUUUCUCAGUCCUAAAUCUGUGCCUCAAAAUGAUAGGGUUAGAAAGUAUCUUUGAUACGAUAAGUGAUCCUGCAAAAAUUAAAAGAAAUCCAGUAAUGGACAAAAGAGUGAUUUUUGAGAGUGGCCUUUCCUCCCACACUCCAGUGGUGAAUCGCUCAGGCUUUGUGCUCCUAAUGCACUGGACACAAUAAUCUGUCAUAUUAAUGCCAUUUCCCACGUUAGCACUACUCUAAGCUCACUGUAAAGCAUGUGAGAUAAGUUAGCCAUAAGAGUAGGGUAAGUUGUAUGUUAUCUACAAAAAAUAUGUAACUUGGCUUGUUUAUUUCUCUGAGGCAGGUUUGUGUAGAUAAAAGGUAACAAAGCACCACUAAAUGUUGGCAGCCCAAAUGUAAAUGUUAUUUUAGAAACUAAAAAGUGGAAAUUUGGCAUACCCUUUGCACUGUUGGAUUUCGGGCACCUAAAACUCUUGAUAGCACAAUUGUUUGAUAUUGCCCUGAUGUCGUGACCGUCAAAGGAGAAUGAUCAGAGAAACAUUGAGCAUGUGCCUAUCGUAGCUGUUGUCAUAGUUGAGGAUGCUUAAAAGAAAACACUGAAAGGAAACACAUUAAUUGGUGGUGUAUGCAUAAGUGCCGCAUGUAAUGUAUUUAGAACAAAUAUCUAUUUUUGACAUUUAUAAAAAAUAAAAAAUACCCCAAUAUUGUCCGCACAAACUGUUGGCCCCCAAGUUAAGAUAAUUCAAACUUGUGAUUUUGUUUUAUAUAUUUGUGUAAAAUACCUGGAAGAAAUCUCUCAUUUUGAAGCAAACUGACAAUGUAUUUGAGCAUAUUAAAGCUGAUU